AUGCAAACGAGUGUACAUUCGCAUUUCGACCACAAAUCGAUCAGCGAAGCGAAUUUAGUUUUCAAUCACAAUUUCGACCUUCCACUUCCGCCAUUCCCCAACCCCACACCACCCCGCACCACCCCGCACCACCUAAUUUUAUAUAGCUCAUCGUCGCAGAGGCGCUUGGACCUGGCGCAGGGCCGCAGGGCACUGCCGCGUUGUCCUGCGGCAGCAGAAAACAAACCCGCUGCGGCCACCGGCCCAUCAAGUGGGCUUAGCGGCGGCAGCGGCGGCGGCGGUAGCGACCCUGCCGUCGCCAGCAGCGGUGACCCCGUGACGACGGCCGCGGCGGCAGACAGCCCUCCCUGGUUCCCCAUCGCCGCCAUGGAGGUGAAAAACACAUUUUCUCGUACAGGUCCCCCUCGGGCGUUUAGCCGGCGCUCGGAGAGUGCCCAUCAGGCCCCAAGGCAAUACUACAACGCCUAA